AUGUCUACCAGAAGCAAAGAAUUGAAUAAUGAGCCACCCCCAAAUUACGGAAAUGGUAGCAUUGAAAUCACCAUGAGAUGCUAUAUUUGGGGAAAAUGUAUAAAUGGGCAUGAUGCACAUUAUGAGGGAGGGGAAAUAUGUGUGUUUGAUUAUGUAGAAGUGACUGGGAUUAGUUUGUUUGAGAUGGAUAGAAUGCUUGAAAAUGAAGCAAGGGCUUACGGCGAUAAAAGGUGCCAUAUUCUUAUAGAAGAGUAUGGAUUUCGCAGGCUUUGGCAUGAUAAGGAAUUAUAUGGUUAUUGUGCAGAAUAUCUAGAUUAUGGUAGGCGUGUUGACUUAUACAUUGAGGGAGAUGUAAACGAUGAAUCUGAAGAUAACAAUGGUUGCAAUUCAGAUGCUAGCUCAGGAGAAUUUUCUGGUAAGGACUCGGACUAUGAGAUGGAGGAAGGGGAUGAUGAUGAUUAUGAAGAUAAUGGGGAUAUAGGAAGUGAUUCUGAGAAUGACGUUGAUAAUUUCGAUGUAGAUGCUGCACCAGAUUCUGAAUCUGAUUUUGAAAGUCUACAUGGAAGUGGUGAUGAACAAGGUAGGAAACCACCUACGGUUAAUCCCAAGGACAUGCAUAAUCCUAAAAUUAAACUUGAACAAUAUUUUAGCAACUUCAAGGAGUUUAAGGAAGCUGUUAGAACCUGGAAUAUAAAGAGAGGAAGGCCAUUUAAGUUUGUUAAACAUGACAAAGUUAAAGUGAUGGCAAAGUGUCCUAGAGAAGGUUGUGAUUGGUACAUCUAUGCUAGAAAGUUGAGUGGGGCAGGUAGUGUGCAGGUUAGAACCUUUCAAAGGAAACACAAGCGUGGGUUCUCUUACCAUAAUGAAAGUGUAAGCUCAAGUUGGGUGACAAAAAAUUACUGUGAGACAGUUAGAGAAAAUCCUAGGCUAGAUCUUAAGAGCUUUACGAAUAAGGUAAGGAAGGAAAAUAAAUGCCUUUUUAGUAAGUAUCAAGGCUAUAGAGCAAAAAGAGCUGCCACAAAAAUUGUGCAACGGGAUGAGACUGAUCACUAUAAGAAACUGCCUGAUUAUAUCAAUGAAAUAAAGAGGAGUAACCCUGGAACUACUGUGAUUAUGAAAGUAGUAGAUGGGUAUUGUGAUGUUGUCACAAGGCAACAAAAGUUUCAAAGAUUGUAUAUGUGUUUUGCUGGGGUUAAACAGGGGUUCUUAGCUGUUUGUAGACCUAUUUUUGGCUUGGAUGGGACAUUCUUAAAGGGUCCAGCAGGAGGGGUAUUGCUAACUGCUGUGGGAGUUGAUCCUAACAAUGGAUUUUAUUCCAUUGCUUAUGCUUCAACUGAGGGGGAAACCAAAGAUUCGUGGAUGUGGUUUCUAACAUUGUUGAGAGAGGAUCUUCAAAUUGAGAAAAACUAUGAAUGGACUAUAAUGAGUGACAAACAAAAAGUUGCUGGAUUUAAAGGAACAACUUUGAGACGUGCACUAUGGAAAGCUGCUAAGGCAACCACGCUUGCAAAAUUCAGUACAAAAAUGAGGGAAUUGGUAGAAAUUGACAUUGAGGCUGCAAAAUGGUUGGAUACAAAGCAGCCUAUUGAGUGGACUAGAUCACACUUUAGCACCUUUUCCAAGUGUGACAUGUUGCUAAACAACAUAUGUGAGUCAUUUAACAGUAAGAUUCUAAAUGCUAGAGAGGAGCAUAUUGUAGGGCUGAUGGAAUCUUUGAAGCACUAUGUAAUGACCAGAUUGCAGCAAAACAGAGAUAUGGCUAAGAACAAGUGGAAAAAUUAA